UAAACAAUUAACAAUUCAAAACUAAAAUAAUUUGGAAAACAAUUCAGUGAAAAACAAAUAGAAAAAUGAACUUAGAAGUGAUUUUUUUGGUAUUUUCCAUACUUUUCCAAAUCUCGGUAUCAAAAAAAGAUGCGAAAAGUGAAACUGAAGAUAGUUUUCGAGCCACAAAUGAAUGGAAAGAAAUUAAAGAAGGCCAAAAAGUCCCUUCUGGUCUCCACUACAAAAUUAAUUUGUCCACUGGUAAAAAAGAAGCCAAGAUUCUCACUCCAGAAGAUGAUGAUAAAACAAAAAGUUUUGUUUUAAAAGAUGACACAGACACCGAGGAAAGUGAAGGGACUAUAACCACCCCUGAAAUGGAACAGUUUUUGAAGAAAGUAAAUAAGAAAAAAUCAAAGUUCAAUAUGCCAAGCAAAUUGCGAACAAUGGAUGAAAUACUAGAGGAAUUGGGAGACAUUGAGUUGCAACCAAAAAGUGAUUUGGCGAUUCUACAGGAAUUAUUCAAAAAGUUUCAAGAAGAAGCAAUUAAAAACGCAAAUGAGCUGAGUAUCAUAACUAUUUUAAAGGAUUUAACAUAUCUAGGACAUCAAAUUGAUAAUGCUAAUGAAUUUUAUAAUUUAGAUGGUUUUCGAAAAAUAAUUUAUAAACAACUAAAUUCAACAAAUAUCGCUAUAAAACACGAAACCCUAAAAUUAUUUUCCGUUUUGGCUCAAAAUAAUCCAAAGGUUAAAGUUCACAUAUUAGAAACUGGGGGCAUAGCAAUACUAUCAAGAAUAAUAAAUCAAGAAGACAAUGAUUUAAUCAAAAACAGCGCUUUAACUGCUUUAAGUUGUACCCUUAGAACUUUCCCACAUGCCCAAAACAAAUUUAUAGAAAUUGGAGGACUGAGCAUUCUUACAGAAUCAUUUAAAACUGGAACUAUAAAAUUGAAGUUGAAAAUAGUCACUUUACUCAAUGAUCUCAUAGUUGAAAGACAGAGUGAUGCUGACAAUUUUGAAAAUCAUGGGAACCUUGAUAUAGAUGAGGCAUUGUUCAAGUUAGAUUGGUGUAACCUCUUGAAUGAAUUAAUGAAUGAUUUAAUAGAAAUUGAUUUGACUGAUUUUGAUUCCAUCGAAAAAUGUCUGUUAUCAAUGGGUUCAUUAGCAAAUAAAUGCCAAAAUGUAUAUAAAAAUGAACCAUUGUUGAAAUUAUAUAAAACAUUGCUUAGAAAUGAAGAUGCAGAAUCAGAUUAUCUUCAAUAUUUAAAGAACUUGACUUCACAGCUUGUUGGUACCGACUAUAAAUUAAAUAAAGAAGAACUAUAACGAUAUUAGAAGAGAUACAGUUUAUUGUUAAUGUUUAUAUUUAUUUUUGUUAAAAUAAAACCACCAAAGAUACAAAAUAA